UAUAUAUACAUGCCUACAAAAACUCUCAUUAAACUUUUGAGCAAAACAUGAAGACUAAUAUUUUUCUCUUUCUGAUCAUAUGCUCACUCAUCUUAUCAUUUUCCACAGCCGAGCAAUGUGGUCGUCAAGCCGGAGGAGCACUCUGCCCCAACGGUCUAUGCUGCAGCGAGUUCGGAUGGUGCGGUAACACUGAACCUUAUUGUAAGGUGCCUGGCUGCCAAAGCCAGUGCACUCCCGGCGGUACUCCUCCUGGCCCCACCGGCGAUCUUUCGGGCAUCAUUUCAAGAUCUCAGUUCGAAGAUAUGCUUAAGCAUAGGAACGCCGCUGCCUGUCUUGCAAAAGGUUUCUAUACUUACGACGCCUUUAUCAGCGCUGCUAAGUCCUUCCCUGGCUUCGGCACCACCGGAGACAUAGCCGCAAGAAAGAAGGAGGUCGCCGCCUUCUUCGGCCAGACGUCCCACGAAACCACAGGUGGGUGGCCUACAGCACCGGACGGACCAUAUGCAUGGGGCUACUGUUUCAAGCAAGAACGGGAUCCUCCUUCAAACUACUGUGAACCGAGUGCCGCAUGGCCAUGCGCACGAGACAAACGCUACUACGGACGAGGACCGAUGCAGCUGACGUGGAACUACAAUUACGGUCAAUGCGGGAGAGCUAUAGGAGUUGACUUACUCAACAACCCUGACCUCGUAGCCAACGACGCAGUGAUCGCUUUCAAAGCUGCGAUCUGGUUCUGGAUGACUGCUCAGCCUCCCAAACCGUCAUGCCACGCAGUUAUCGCCGGCCAAUGGCAGCCGUCAGAUGCGGACCGUGCCGCCGGGAGAUUACCCGGUUAUGGAGUGAUUACGAACAUCAUCAACGGUGGAUUGGAGUGCGGACGUGGUCAAGACGGGAGAGUCGCGGAUCGUAUAGGGUUUUAUCAGAGGUACUGUAACAUAUUUGGGGUAAACCCUGGUGGUAAUCUUGAUUGUUACAACCAGAGGUCCUUUAUUAACGGCCUCCUAGACGCUGCUAUAUGAUUAAUGAUAUAAUGGUGCAAGCUUUGUAUCCAAUACGAAUAAAUAUCAUAGAAAUAAAACUCUUUCCAAGAAGUUACUCAUUUAA